UCGUUGCUGUGAUCACCUCAGUUACCACGAGAACGUAAAGGAGGAGAGUCGUGCCUCUUAGACCUCUGUCGCUCUCACCACGUGCCCUCUCUCUCUCGCUCUGACUGACUCGAGACUUGGUGUUGUUCACAAUCAAUAUGAAUGCCCCAGGAUCGAGGAAUGUGGUGGAUGAGUGACUGUGCUUGUCUAAAUAAAAAGGAUAUAUAGUUUUACCCGAUCAAAAAAUGUAUUUUCCGUGUGAUGAUACUCAUGGAUGAUUAUAUCGCGGCGAAAAAUUAUUGAAACUAAUAUAAACUAUUUGAAACAACAAAACAAAAACGAAACAUUGCGGAGGGAGAUUUUCAUAACAAAGACCGUGCAGUUAGAGUGAGAGGAUAAACUAUCAGUGGAAAGGGUGAGAGAGGAAAAAAUCAAGAUGGACGUGAAGAAGCCCCUAGUUGUUGUAAUGGUGCUUGUGGCCACCUUACUUCCUUCAGGGACCGCCGCUUCCCACGAACUGCAGCGUGGAAUGCCCAACGUGUGCGAGUACCAGCGGGAGGAGACCAUAGAGGUGCGAGUGCCGCGUGUGAGGGCCUUCACCGCCGCCGUCAGGGUGUACCGGCCGGGCUGCUUCCUCAACAUCCCGUCCUGCAUUACUCAUGAGAGAAGGACCCAGUACAAAACAGUCCCCCAUUUCGAGGAAGAAGUCGUCACGCUGCGCAUCUUCAGGUGCUGCCCCGGCUGGACCACCAAGGCGGUGGACGUGGAAAAGGGCGGCAAGAGACACGCGGAGGACGAGGAGGACAACGCUUACAACACCGGCUGCUUCAUCCGGGAGGAGGAAGCCAACGACACGAGCGAGGUGAUCCACGAGGGAAAGGUUUACCGCCUACACGAAGGCGGCGCGGAGGAGGAGGAUGACCCGGCCAACAGCACCAGCGAGGAGGAGCUCAUUCUCCCGAAGUUCACUCUGACGACCAUCAUCGACGAAGAAGACGCCGACGACAACGAGACUUCUCACAGCUCGGCAGAUGACGCCACGACGGCGGAGCAAUCGGAUGCGAGUUCCUCGCCUCGCCUCUUCCAUCACCGCCGCCGCCACGCCCGCCAUCGCCACCGGCCGGCGCCCUCGGAGGCGCCCUCCCUCGAUGCGCUGCCCAAAUACCACCCCCUCCACCGCCGUCGCCACCAGUUCAGGGGCGACCACCACCACCGACGCCAUCACCGACAUCGUGCUCCGACGAGUCGAGAUGAGGACGUCGAGGCCAACACGACCAUCAUCACCGACUACAACGCCAACGCCCGACGACAGAGGUCUCACAAGAAGGACGAAGGCUUCGACGCCUACAGCUACACCAUUAUUCUGACGGAAGGUAAAAAGGGCGGAAGGCAAAACCAGGACGCCAGGCGCCCCCAGGCCGGCCACAGGGCGGAGCAUGCGUCCAGGGCUGGAGAGGUGGUCGAGGCGGGCACCGGGAGGGUCUACGCUGCUUGCGGGAGAUCCUUCUGCUACAACAGAGGGCGCUGCGUCUUCAACCGCUGCAUGUGUCCGCCUGGCUUCUACGGGUCCCGCUGCCAGUUCGGCGCGGGCGCGUGCGGGGGCGGCGGCUGUGAGCAGGAGUGCGGCAGCCCCGAUUCUGCGGGAGGAGCCGCCUGUGCGUGCAGGCCUGGGUACAGCCUGAGCCACGAUGGGCGGCGCUGCGAGGCGGCGGAUCCCUGCCAGCUCGACAACGGCGGCUGUCAGCACCGGUGCGAGGUGUCCGACGGCCAGGCGCGGUGCUCGUGUCCGGAGGGCAUGAGGCUAAGCGACGACCAGCGUACCUGCACCGACGAGGACGAGUGCCAGACGCCCGACAUCUGCAGCCACCAGUGCCGCAACACCUGGGGCUCCUACACCUGCCUGUGCAAUUCCGGUUACCAGCUGGGCACCGACCACAAGUCCUGCUACAUGAUAGACAUGGAGGUGAUUAACUCCUGUCUGGAGAACAACGGCGGGUGUGAACACAUGUGCCGCCACGCAUCAGGCGGCGCCGUGUGCAGCUGUCAUGUCGGCUACUUGCUUCAGCCUGACCAGAGAUCCUGUCAGGACAACAACGAAUGCGAGUCGGGUAGCCACCGGUGCGAACAACAGUGCGUCAAUACCCCCGGGGGCUACGCGUGCGCUUGCAGGCAGGGAUACACUCUCAACACUGACGGUUUCGCCUGUGACGAUGUGGAUGAAUGCGCACAGGAGAACGGAGGAUGUGAACACGAGUGCAAGAACACCCCAGGCUCUUUCAGGUGCUCUUGCAGGAGAGGGUACCUGCUCGUUGAUCUUACACACUGCGACAUGAUAGACUACGACUACGCCAGCAACGAACUGGAAGCGAGAAUCACACAACUUGAAGACGACAGCGAAGGGGACUCGACUCCUCCAGAACUUGACGAAUUUGACACCAUUACGUACGCAGAGCAGGCAAAGGUGGACAACAUCAUUACCCGUUGCGUCCCAGGCCACUUCGGACCCGACUGCGAACUGACCUGCAGUGACUGUCCCGGCGAAUGCGACCCGGAGGCUGGGGGAUGCGUGUGCGAAGCGGGGAAAACCGGGCCGGCCUGUGACCUGCCUUGCCCCGAAGGCUUCUACGGCGUUGGGUGUAAUGAGGUAUGCAGGUGUGAGAACGGCGGGACCUGUGAGGCUGUGAACGGGGACUGCAUUUGUCCCCCGGGCGUCUCUGGCAAGUUCUGUGAAGAUGGCUGCCCUGCUGGUUAUUACGGCGAAAAGUGCGAACGGCGCUGCCCAAUGAUGUGCCCCUCGAUGCGUUGCAACAGGGUCUUUGGCUUCUGCGAGUGCAAUCCAGGUCGCUUCGGGCCCAAGUGCAACAUGCCGUGCCCUGCGAUGACCUGGGGUGCUAACUGCCGCCACCCUUGCAAGUGCCAAUUGCAGAACACCGCGCGCUGCCAUCCCGAGAGCGGCGUGUGUGAGUGCCAGGCCGGCUUCGUGGGCGCUGACUGCUCCGAGGAGUGUCCGUCCGGGCGGUGGGGCGCAGGAUGCAACCACGAGUGCCAGUGUGCCGACGGUGUCACGUGCCGACCCGACACCGGUGCCUGUGUCGUCGACUGCCCGCCUGGCUACCGGGGACCUGGUUGCAAUGCGAGUUGCGACGAUGGACACUACGGCCCGGGUUGCAUGAAAGUGUGCACGUGCGGAAUGCUGCCAUGCGACCCAGUCUCCGGCACUUGCUUGUGUCCAGCUGGCACUUACGGCCCCUCUUGUCUUCACCAGUGUUCUGAGGGACAGUGGGGGCAGAGUUGCCUUCAGAAGUGCCAGUGCCAGAAUGGGGGGAAGUGCAACAGAGUGACAGGCGAAUGCAACUGCCCAUUAGGAUACACGGGCCCUACUUGCGAAGCUAAGUGCCCGCCUGGAAGGUUCGGCAAAGACUGCAGUGAGACGUGCAGCUGCCUCAACGGUGCCGCGUGUCACCAUGUCAGUGGAAGAUGCGAGUGCGCCUCGGGCUUCACGGGGCAGCGGUGCGGGCAGCCGUGCCCCCUGGGGCGCUUCGGGCCGGACUGCGUGCACAUGUGCGACUGCGACAACAGCGGCGGCUGCGACCGCGUGAGCGGCGAGUGCAACUGCGCCCCCGGGUGGCGAGGACCGCACUGCACGCUGCCCUGCCCUGAUGGCACGUACGGGUCAGGAUGUGCCAUGAACUGCAGCUGUGCCAACGGUGCCAAGUGUGAUCACAUAUCUGGCGCCUGCAUGUGCACACCAGGCUGGCGUGGAACUUUCUGCUCGCGGCCUUGUCCCGACGGCUUCUGGGGCCAGGACUGCCGCUCCCACUGCGGCUGCAGCGCGGGUGCGACCUGCGACCCUACUACUGGCGCGUGUGUCUGUCCGCCGGGCAAGCAUGGCCAGUACUGUUCGAAAACCUGCCCCGUGGACCGAUGGGGCAGCGACUGUCAGCACGUAUGCCUUUGUCACAACGGAGGGACAUGCGACCGCGUAUCCGGCGCCUGCGUUUGCCCCGCGGGCUACACCGGCGCCACCUGUCAGGACAGAUGCCCCAAGGGAAGCUACGGCACGAAUUGCCAGCACACAUGUCUGUGUCAACAUGGUGCCACGUGUCAGCAUGAUACUGGUGCCUGCGUGUGUCCCCCUGGGUUUAGCGGCACUUACUGCGAAACUGGCUGCGAGGACAACCGGUUCGGGCCUGGCUGCGUACUAGAGUGCGAGUGCCAGAACGGAGGCAAGUGCGACCCGGCAACUGGAGCCUGCCAGUGCCCCCCGGGCUGGCGCGGCCACAUGUGUCAGAAGCCCUGUCAGCGAGCAUUCUGGGGCGAAGGCUGUGAGCAUGUGUGUGACUGCGAACACGGGGCACAGUGCCACCACAUCACAGGGAAGUGCCAGUGUCCUCCUGGAUAUAUCGGCGACAAGUGCCAUAUCAUCUGCCCCGACGGCUACUUCGGCGAGGAAUGCAACGAGCGAUGCGCGUGCGAGGACGGCGAGCCAUGUGACCACAUGACUGGUGCCUGCUCUUGCUCACCAGGGCGACGGGGGUCACAGUGCCAUGAGUACUGUCCUGAGGGCCAGUGGGGCGAGCAGUGCCAGCAGAGAUGCGAGUGCGAGGGGUCGUCCCUCUGCGACCCGGUCACCGGCGAUUGCUUCUGUCCCGCGGGGCUGCGGGGCCGCAAGUGCCGCCGAGGAUGUCCUCGCGGCUACUACGGCGUCGACUGCGAACAAAAAUGCAAGUGCGCGGACGGCAGCGCCUGUGACCCCGUGAGCGGACAGUGCCAGUGUCGCCCAGGGUUCUUCGGCCCAACGUGCUCGCUGCCCUGUCCGGCUGGCACCUACGGCCCUAACUGCAAUACGACGUGUAACUGCGAGCACGGCGGCGUCUGCGGCAGGAACGGUGAGUGUCGGUGUCCCGCGGGGUACAGAGGAUCUCGGUGUGAAGAGCGGUGUCCGAGCAACACCUGGGGCUUCAACUGCGCCUUCGAUUGCAAGUGCAGCAACGACGCCAUCUGCCACCCGGCCACGGGCGAGUGCCAGUGCGGCCUCGGGUGGACCGGGCAGCACUGCGCCGAGGCGUGCGGCCCGGGCCGCUAUGGGCCGGACUGCAAGCUGGACUGCGCCUGCCACCACAACGCCUCCUGCGACCGCUUCUCCGGCUGCUGCGACUGCGGGCCUGGCCGCUUCGGACGCUUCUGCGAGCUAGAAUGUCCAGCUGGCUUCUACGGCGUCUACUGCAGUAGCGUCUGCGAGUGCGAGAACAACGCCAGCUGCGAUCCCCACACCGGCCAGUGCCGCUGCCCACCGGGCUUCACCGGCGGCACCUGCGCCGACGCCUGUCCCGCGGGAACGUUCGGCGCACAGUGCAGACAAACGUGCGAGUGUGGAGAAUAUCCCUGUGAUAAGGUCAGCGGAGAGUGCCAAUGUCCUCCUGGCACCUAUGGGGAUUAUUGUGCCAAACCUUGCGGUCUUGGAAGGUAUGGCCCUGGAUGCAAACAGGUGUGCGAGUGCCACAACGGGGGCAGCUGCCACCCUGAGACGGGGCACUGCACCUGUACCCCAACUUGGCUGGGACCCACGUGUCAGGAAAAGGACGUUUCAUUCAUCACCACAAGUGAUCAACGCGGUCGAGCAGACAUCCCUGUGGAACUAAGCUGAGUUUAGAAAUAUGAAAAGUAUUACUUAUAAAAAAAAACUAAUAAUAACACGACAACAAAUGAUGGAUUUCGAGAAUUCAAGAAUGAGAGGAAAAUACAGUACCUCAAAACAGGUCAGAAUGAUCACUUUAUUUGAUCGUUCGUUUCACUUGAAAUAAGUUUUGCGGCAGUGAAUUCUGUACUCCCAAUAUCCGUAUUAAGUUAUAACCACUGUUUAUUUCUCCAAGUCCUACCAUAAACCCCAAGAUCAAGACAUUCUUCAUUAUUUCCGGGUUGUAUACAGAAUAAAGAAUUACAGGAUAUAAAUAUCAAAUAUUACGCCGUCAUUGUUGUAAUAACUGAUUUUAAUUGCUAAGGUUGUAUAAAAUGCUGAAGCUAUUUUAUGUAUGUAACUAGCUGUAGAAGCUUUGUAAUCGGUUGCUUAAGUUAAGCCAUUUACUCCGCGCCUUUGUGUAACUGUGUGUGUGUUCGUGUAAACCAAUGAGAAUGCAGAAGAUUUUACGCUUGCUACAAAUUAUCAACAGUUUAACGAAGUCUAAUUACAGAUGCUCAGAAUGUGGUGAUAAGAAAAUUACAUAACCAGGAUUUGCAUAAUCUUUACAUCUCAAGUAAAAACGAAAAUACUUUUUAUCGGUAAAUCCUUUAUCAUUUCAGUUGGUAAAUGAUAGUUUUAGAUAGGCAUUACUUAGACUUCCUUAAUCUUAUAUUAUUUCCCGCACGGCUGAUAUUUCGUGAUUUAAUAAAAAUGAUAACGAUUCGGGCAAAGGUAGUCAAUUAUUAUUUUUAUAUGAGAACCUUAAAAUUGAUUCUACUCUCCAAAAUAUAAUAUCUCUACAUCCUUCCUGUUACUCUAUCUCUGCCUGUCUUUUCUUAAUAAAUGUCUUUUAAUGUGUUUACGGUCCGUGUGCAGUAUUUAAAUUCCACAUUUUAGAUCAAAUGUAAUACUGUUUAGUCUUAAAUCGCCACUUAUUCAUGUUUCUAAUUUUAUCAAUACCUACAAGAAAUUUUAUGAACACUAGACUUUCAAAGUAUUAUAGUAGAGUUAUCCAGUUUUGUGUGAGUAUAUUCGAUAACAGUGUGUUUUCCGUUCGACUUUAUUUUAUCACAAAGAAAUUUAAAUGGCAACUUGAUGUAUUUUUUCGGAUGUUGACGAAAUGGUUUGAACUCCCGAGGCACAUUCUAUCAUUAUCAUUGUUAUCAUUUAUCAACUUUUGUUUUUACGAUUAGCAUUUACCAUUAUUAAUUAUUAUCUUCAUUAUUGUUCUUAAUAUUAUUAUCAUUAUCUUUUAUAUUAUUGUUACUAUUAUUAUUAUUGUUAUUAUUAAUAUUAUUGUUAUAAUUAUUAUUAUUGUUAUUAUUAUUAUAAUUGUUAUUAUUAUUAUUAUUAUUACUAUUAUCAUUUGUUAUUAUUAUUAUUAUUAUCAUUAUUAUUAUCGUUAUUAUUAUUAUUAUUAUUAUUAUUACUAUUAUUAUAUCAUUAUGAUUAUUAAUAUCAUUAUCAUGAUCGCCAUCAUCAUCAUCAUCAUCAUCAUCAUCAUCAUUAUCAUCAUCAUUACUGUCAUUAAUACUUUCAUUGUUAUGAUGAUUAUUAUCAUUUUAUAAUGAUGAUAAUAAUGGUAAUAAUGAUGUGAUGGUGAUGAUGGUGAUUAUUAUAAUUUUUAUUAUUAUUAUCAUCAUUAUUAUUAUUUUCAUCAUUUUUGUUAUUAUUGUUAUUGCUAUUAUUAUCAUUGUAAUCAUUAUUAUAAUAAAAAUUAUAGCUAUUAAUAUUAUCAUAAUCGCCAUCACCAUUAUUAUUAUUAUGAUUAUUAUCAAAAUCAUCGUCAUUAUUAUUAUCAUAAUCAUCAUUAUUAUUAUCACUGUUAUUAUUGUUAUUAUUAUUAUUAUUAUUGUUAUUAUUAUUAUUGUUAUUAUUACUAUUAUUAUUAUUAUCAUUAUUAUUAUUAUCAUUGUUAUCAUUAUUAUUAUUAUUAUGAUUAUGAUUAUUAUUAUUAUCAUUAUUAUUAUCAUUAUUAACAUUAUUAUUAUUAUUAUUAUUAUUAUCAUUAUUAUCAUUAUGAAUAUCAUUAUCAUUAUUAUUCGUAUUAUUAUUAUCACUAUAAUUACUAUUAUCAUUAUUAUUAUAACAAUUAUUACUCUUACUAUUAUUAUUAUUAUUGUUAUUAUUAUUGUUUUCAUUAUUAUUAUUAUUAUUAUUAUUAUUAAUACCAUCAUCAUCAUCAUUAUCAAUAUCAUCAAUAUUAACAUUAUUAUUAUUGUUAUUAUUAUUAUUAUUACUUUUAUUUUCCUUAUUAUUAAUAUUACCAUCUUGAUCAUCAUAAUCGUACAAUUAUGAUAAUAAUAAAAAGAAAUAAUAGUACUAAUGAUAAUACUAAUGUUGAUAAUAAUAAUGAUAAUAACAAUAAAUGAUAAUAAUAACAAUGAUGAUAAUAAUAAUGAUAAUAACAAUAAUGAUGAUAUUAUAAUUUUUAUUAUCAUCAUCAUCAUCAUUGUUAUUAUUAUCAUUCUUAUUCCUAGUCUUAUUCAUAUUAUCAUUGUUAUUAUUAGUAGCGUUAUUAUUAUUAUCAUUAUUAGUAGCCUUAUUAUUAUUAUUAUUAUUAUUAUCAUUAUUAUUAUUAUCAUUAUUACUAUUAUUAUUAUUAUUAUUAUCAUUCUUCUUUUUAUUAUUAUUAUUAUUAUUUUCAUCAUUACCAAUAUAAUCAUUAUUAACGCUAUUAUUGUUAUUAUAAUCAUUAUCCUUAUUAUUUUAUUAUUAUCUUUUUAUUAUUAUCAUUGUCGUCAUCAUCAUUAUUAGUUACUAUCAUUAUUACCAUUUGUAUAAAGGUGAUUAUUAUUAUUAUCAUUAUAAUUGUUUUCAAUAUUUUCCUUGUUGUUAUUAUAAUUGUUCUUAUUUGUCUUUAUUUUUGAAAUGAUUAUUGCUAUUAUUAAUAUCAUUAUCACUAUCAUCAUCAUCAUUUAAAAGUAAAACAUUCUUGCGUUGUUCGGUGUUCAGUUCUGUUUAAGGAUCACUGCCAUGUGUUCUCAGCUUUAAAUUUGAUCUUUAAUGAUUUGUCCCUUUUUUUAAGAAAUAAAGAAUUUCGAAAACAGAA